AUGUCUGCAAGAUCUUGUAUCAGCACCGCUGCUCUUCUGACAGUCCUACUCGGCAACACACAAGCUGCCGAUAUCUACGUCUCCCCAAGUGGUACCGGUACUGGCUCAAUCACUGCGCCCUAUGGCUCCAUCCAGUCUGCUGUCGAUGCGGCGGCUGCCGGCGACACGAUUUACCUUCGUGCCGGCACCUACUCGCCAACCAGCAACAUUCAGAUCACAAAGAGCGGCACUGCCACGUCUCCCAUCACCCUCAGGUCAUACGAAGAGGAGGAGGUGAUCUUGGAUGGUGAAGAGCUGCCUGGCACUCCUUAUGGACUGGACGAAUCUCUCCCAAACGACGAGAGAGGCAUUCUGCAUAUCGAGGGAGGCAACUACUGGAAAUUUUACAACCUGGAAUUGAUUAACGGCCCGUAUGGCGUCUACUCCCGCGACUCGUCCCACAACUACUAUGAGAAGCUCUCGACUCACGACAAUUACGAGUCUGGGUUCCAGCUGCAAGGCGAGGCAUCCAACAACACCGUCAUCUACCUCGACUCGUACCUCAACCGCGACCCGCGCAAGAACGGCGAGUCGGCCGACGGCUUCGCGUGCAAGGAGGGCUCGGGCGAGGGCAACGUGCUGCGCAACGCGCGGCUGUGGAACAACGUCGACGACGGGCUGGACCUGUGGCUGUUCGAGUCGCCGGUGACGAUCGAGGAGGUGUACUCGUGGGGCAACGGCUUCGACCGCUGGGGCUUCGCCGACUUUGAGGGCGACGGCAACGGCUUCAAGCUCGGCGGCAGCAACGACGAGAGCACCAUCGUGCCCGCCGGCCACGUCGUCCGCAACAGCAUCGCCUUCUCCAACUCGGCCAAGGGCUUCAUCGACAACGGCAACCCCGGCGGCAUGACCAUCGAGCGCAACACCGCCUGGAACAACGGCGACACCGGCUUCGUCUUCCGCUCCUCCCCCAGCUCCGUCACCGACAACAUCGCCGCCGUCAACGGAGGCUCCGCCGGCCAGGCCACCAUGGCCGACAGCGUCGACGCCAGCGGCAACUCGUGGGACAUCGGCGGCACGUGGUCCAACAGCACCUUCAAGAGCGUUGACCCGUCACCCCUGCAGGGCGCGAGGGAUUCGAGCGGCAGGGUGAAGGCGAGCGACUUCUUGCUGCCCACUUCUGGCGACGCCAUCGGUGCGACGACUCAGGGGGAUGUGUAG